AUUUUCCUCGAACCCACCGAGCCAAAAGUUCUACUCGGGGGAGCAUCGGUCCCGUAGAAGACGAACAGGAUUCUCUCUCUCCGUGUCUACCUUCUUAAAUACUUCACAACGGAGCGAGACGUUUAUAGUUUAGAGAGAGAGAGAGAUAGAGAGAGAGCCAUGUCUGGAGGGAUAGCUCGUGGUCGUCUUGCUGAGGAGCGAAAGGCUUGGCGUAAAAACCAUCCGCACGGUUUUGUUGCGAAGCCAGAGACUCUGCCCGAUGGUACGGUCAAUUUGAUGGUGUGGCAUUGCACUAUCCCUGGCAAAUCUGGCACUCACUGGGAGGGCGGUUACUUUCCACUGACACUCCACUUCAGUGAAGACUACCCUAGCAAGCCCCCUAAAUGUAAAUUCCCUCAAGGUUUCUUCCACCCUAAUGUCUACCCUUCUGGAACUGUCUGUCUAUCUAUUCUUAAUGAGGAUAGUGGGUGGAGACCGGCCAUCACAGUGAAGCAAAUUCUUGUGGGAAUUCAGGACUUGCUUGACCAACCAAAUCCCGCUGAUCCUGCACAGACAGAAGGAUAUCACCUCUUUAUCCAGGUCCAGUCACAUACUAUCUCAACAGGGUAUAAAAGGGCCAAUUCAUUUCAUUCAAUGAGGCAAAGCAGGUGUAGUGGUGAUGUACAUCUGUGUUGUCUAGAUGCAAAGCCCUCCUUGUCUGAUGAGAUACUAUAUGACUGGGUUAUAUAGUAAACCAGGGAAUAGUUCUUUCUGUUGAUCAUAAUUAAUUCUCAUGAUGUCUGUGCUGUCUGAAUGUAGGACAGUAGGGUUUAAGUGCAGAGAAUUAAAUUCGUUUUACAAGUAACAAUGUAUAGGGUUUCACUUUUGUUUUUGUUCUUAUCUUUCUUGAGUCUAUGUUCUCAUUAAGAAAACACAACCCUCAACAGGAUACUGCAGAGUACAACAAAAGAGUCCGACUGCAGGCCAAGCAAUACCCACCUCUCCUGUAAGGUUAACUCCG